AUGGCACGUGAUGCAGAAUCUCAUGAAACGGUAGAAAAUGGAGGAUGGAAACUUGUACGCGAAAUUCCAAUAGCAGGUACUGGAAGAUGCACCGUUCAACGGAGAGACGGGAAGACACUUACUCAAACCGAAUUUUUGAAUGAGUAGGUGUCCUAAAUGCGGUGUUAAUAGAAUUUAUCAGAUUUGCAUACACACAGCCCCUUAUCAUUUACAACGUCGAGAAUGGCGAAUUCGCCCACAAAACUGGCCGAUUGGAAAUGUUGAAGAGCUUUGAAGACACGCCUGUGACUCUGAACUCGGCUAACACGCACUCUUACACUCGCGGUAAGUAUUCCGAAUUGGAGCCGAUUGUAAAAGGGAUGUCUCAAAUGCCAUUUACUCACUUUAAGUUGUAAUGUUUUAGUUCCAACCACGUUCGGCGACUAUUUGAGCACUCAUCUGAAACCGCAGAGCUUGGAAACCCUGGGAAACGGUAAGACGUUUUUCUACACGCUUACUGUCUUUACGAAAAUGUGCAGACUUUCGCGCAAUCAACCUGUAUGACAUCAUGCUGCCUUAACAUAAACUAUAUGAUACUUCCGAUCGCGUGCGUUCAACUCUCGUCAGUAGUAGAAAAAUGAAGGCUGAACGACUUUUGUAGAGAUGGGAAUAGCAUGUCAAACUAAAAUUAGAGGCAAAAAAUUGCUGAACAGCAGAUCGCCAGAUACGAAAAAUUAAUUUUUUUUGUGUUGGAUGCAUGAGAGUUUGGAAAACGGAGAAUUCGGUUGGAAAAAAGUUCCGAUUUUUUCUCAAAUUGCCGAACCAAGAAAUGACAACUUCAACAUUUUUUGUGAUUUUAAUUUUAAAAAAAUCGGGCGCAAUUUCUAAAUUGUAGCGCAUAUUUUUCCAAACCAUCAAAAUUUCUUGUGCAAGGCGGAAAAAUAAUUGGCAAAAGCGAUUUUUCGUCGGAUCGGUUGCACACUUUUUGCCUGAUACCUUUCAAGGAAGACAGUUUAUAAUUUGGAAGAACUUUGGGAGAAUGAUUUUUGGCUACUUCAAAUCCCAAAGUUUUAGUAAACCAUUCAAAAUUAUGCAUCAAAAAGCGGCUUAUGUCAAACGAUUAUUUAAAUAUAAAAUUCGGAGUUUUCUAAUUCCCUUAAUUUAUUUUAGAGACCCUGUAUCUGUUCGGAGAUAUUGAUCCAGAGCUCUGGAAGCCGCUACUUUCGGCUUACAAACAGCCCAAGUGGACGGUGCCCGAUAUGGAGCCGGCUUUGAGUUUCGGGAUCGCAGCUGUGGGGACCGGGGUUCCAUUUCAUUUUCAUGGGCCCGGAUUUGCCGAGGUCGUUCAUGGAAGCAAAGUGAGUUUAAUACUUGAUGGGCUAUCAAAAUAAAAAUUUUUACAAAAACAAGAGGUAAAAAAUCUUGAGCAAUUUUUAUUACGAGGGCUCUUCGAAGUGACACUACAAGAUUAAGAUGAUAAAACAGGCACAUAAUAUUGUUGAUAGAUAAAAUCCCGUAUUUUGGAACGUGGAAGAAAAGUGAUAUCAUAAGAAAAAAUGAAUGGAAUCUCGCCAAAAUCAGCCAGAUUAAAUCCAUUUCCCCUGUUCAAAUGAUCGUUUUAAACUGAGAUCGGCCAGGAAUUCCUGGGCCAAGAAGCCUUCUCCAAACUCUUCCAUGAGCUAGCUCCUCCUUUUCUUUUGGAAAUUUACGACUGAUUCAUGUGAAAGCCGGGAGGUUCCGGCCGAGCCCUCACGUGAUUUUCAAGCCGCGAAAACUUUGAAACAUUUGACCGAAUUAAACCCCAUUGUCCGAGAGAAACGCGGCCGAGGUCAAACUCUAAAAAUAAGAAAACAAAGUUUCGGAUUUGAAUAAAACAUGACAUUUGAUUAUUAUGUCAUGUUUUGAGUGCCGAAAGUGAUUAAAUUUUGAUGAAAAUGCGCAAGUAGUGGGUUCGAUUCGAUAUUCGAAAGGCUGGAAAUAAAAAAAUCUGAUGUGAAAGUGCAACGAAAGAUUCGGACCUUUUUUUCAGCACUGGUUCCUCACCGAACCCGACCGUAAGCCCGCUUUUGAUCCGGACCGUUCCACCUUGGACUGGUAUUUGAACGAUUACCCAAAGCUUGAGGAAUCCGAGCGUCCGCUGGAGUGUCUAAUGAAGCCCGGCGAGCUCAUUUACUUCCCGGACAAAUGGUAUCACGCAACCUUGAACAUGGAAACCUCCGUGUUCAUCUCCACGUUUCUCUCGCCCGGAGCCAAAACUCGGCCAAAAACCGAGUUCUAA